AAUGCGUGAAUUUUCAAUGGAUUGUUGUGCGUUUCAUUCUUUCGACAUUUUAUUCUCUAUCAUCUAUCUCUGUCAUAUUGUUCGGACAUCAUCACCAGAAGUAAGUUGUGUGGAAUGAAAGACAGAAGAAAAAAAGAGCAGUACCAUUAACAGCAAACCGUAGAAGAACAAAGACGAAAGAGAACACAAAAAAGAGAGUAUCCGAGAGAAAAAAAAUCAAUUUGUGUAUAUUCCAUUCCGUACACAGAGCGACAGAGAGAAAGAGAGACAGCGAGCAAAAGGUUCAUCUGAGUACAUAUUAUUUCUUACUUUAUUUUCUAUGUAUUUCGUAUACAUAUGAGCGAAAAACCAGCAAAAUAACUUUUUUUCUUCUCUUUGCGACGACGGAAACUAAAAAGUGUGUGAAUUGAGUGUAUAUGUGUGUUGUCUACGAAAAAGGGACGAAUGAGUAUAAAAAAAAAACAUUUUUUUCCGACACGAUAAAAGGAAAGGUCCACCAAAGAACUGAACUGAUCAAAGCAUACUAAACGCUGAUUUUGGAGAGAGAAAAUAUCAUCCAUCGCCUUUUUGUUCGCUUUUUUGAACAACAAGGUGAAUUGAAUGAACGAGGACAUCGAAAACGAAGCAACCAAAACGACAAAUUAGUUCUAAGAAUCACAUUAAAAUUUCGAUUGAAAGACAUAUAUUGUGAGGCAAAUAAAAAUCGAAGAAAAUUCAAAACCAGACACACCAGAUACGGAGAAAUUAUGAACGCUUCGUGCGAACAUUUUAGCGAGUAUAUCAAAGAACUAGGACCAAAUGCUUUCAAUGUCAUUCACGGGAUAUUUAGUUCCAGCAUAUCACAAGAGGCUCGACGACAAAAGGCGAUGCUAUGCGUGUGCCACACAUGCGGCGGCUCUGGUCCUCAGCUCUAUUCAUGCUUACACUGUAUAUAUUUCGGUUGCAAAGGCUCACACAUAAUGGAUCAUUUGGAGACAAAACGACACAAUAUUGCACUUGAACUAUGUUAUGGUAUGAUAUAUUGUCAUGCGUGCAGAGACUUUGUAUACGAUCAUGAAUGUUAUGCAAUGGCCGAAAAACAUUUGCGAAAAGAAGCCAGGAGUUUAAAUAAGAGCAUUUCAUGGCGACCAUGGACAACAACUAGCAAUAGCAUCGAUGCACUGUUACAAUAUCCACGUCGACGACAUGUGAGCUCAUUGACAACGAUCGGUUUGCGUGGAUUACUAAAUUUGGGCUCGACAUGUUUCAUGAAUUGUAUUUUUCAAGCGCUCAUUCAUACUCCAUUACUUCAUCGUUAUUUUAUAUCGGAACGUCAUGAAUGUUCACCAAAAAUGUCGGCCCGAUGUCUGGUGUGCGAAAUAUCGCGUCUAUUUCAAGAAUUUUAUUCGGGCAACAAAGGACCAAUUUCAUUGCAUCGUUUAUUACAUUUAAUAUGGAAUCAUGCACGUCAUUUAGCCGGCUAUGAGCAACAAGAUGCGCAUGAAUUUUUUAUUGCCACACUUGAUAUACUGCAUCAUCAUUGUAAAAAUGCACAAACUGUCAGCGAAAAAGAGAAAGACAAACGUGAUGGAUUGGCUACAAAUAAUCCAACAAAAUGUAGUUGUAUCAUCGAUCAAAUAUUUACGGGUCGAUUACAAAGCGAUGUGGUGUGCCAAUCUUGUCAAGGUGUAUCGACAACCAUUGAUCCAUUUUGGGAUAUAUCACUUGAUUUGGGCGAAGAACAGGGAUGUGGCCCACCAAAAUCACUAAUCGAUUGUCUUGAACGAUUCACACGUGCCGAACAUUUGGGUUCAAGUGCAAAAAUUAAAUGCUCGUCGUGCAAAACGUAUCAAGAAUCAACGAAACAAUUAUCAAUGCGUACACUACCAAUUGUGGCCAGUUUUCAUUUAAAACGUUUCGAACAUUCCAGUUCAGUGAAUAAAAAAAUUUCCACAUUCAUUUCAUUUCCGUCCGAAUUGGAUAUGACACCAUUUAUGGCACAACGGAUUGAUGAUCGAAGCGGUGAUUGUCGAUAUUCAUUGUAUGCGGUUAUUAAUCAUAUCGGUUCGCUUGAUAUUGGCCAUUAUACGGCCUACGUUCGACAUCACAAAGAUGUUUGGGUUAAAUGUGAUGAUCAUAUUAUUACGUUGGCAACAUUGAAACAAGUAUUAGAUAGUGAAGGAUACAUGUUGUUUUAUCACAAGAAAAUUCUGGAGUUCGAGUGAACUUCGUAGAAAAAGAAAGAGAGAGAGACAGACAGACAGACAGACAAACAGAGUUGAGUUGGCGCUUGGUCAAAUUCGGAGCACUCUUCUUUUUUAUUCUUCUUUUUUUCAUUUGUUUUAUCUAUUUUAUCGUCCCUUAAACGUUCUUCUGUUUAUUCAUUUGUCAUCGUAACAACAACUAUCAAAACAGCAAAAACCACAACAAUAUACUACUGCAAAAAUUCCUAUGUAUUUUAGCUAAUUUAUCUAUUUCAUCGACGACAAUUCUUCCGCUGCUAACUGACUGAUAGCAAAGCCACAACCAUUUGAGAAAAUAAACAUAUAAUACCACGA